AUGGCAGUUUCAUGGAUCAUUUGUAGUCUUUUAGUGGUCGCUUAUCAAGUCGAUGCGGACAUGAAAGGUCAUUUACAGCCGCUAGGCCAAGCAGGACCACUGAUUGAAAGCGCCCAAGUCGAUGGUUUCCCUAGUAUGAAAACUUUCUUCAAUGAAUAUGUGUGGAAGAGUGUUCCAUUAGUGAUGAAAGGUGCUGCCAAGACUUUUCCAGCGUUCCAAAGUUGGACUGAUGAAUAUUUCCUUUCCUUUCCGGAAACAGCAAAUUGGUCCAUGUUUGUUGAGAAACGAAAAAAAGAAAUUCGCAAUCUUGGUGGCGAAGAUGCCACCUUUAAAGAAUUUCUUUUACGUUACAACCAAACGGAUGAAUACCUGAUUGCCAAUGUUCCCCAAUAUCUCAAGAAAGAUAUCCAUUUGCCUUCCGUUUUGGCGUGUGAUGUUAUCAAAUAUGUCGAUGAGGUGAUGUGGUUUAGUAGUGGAGGAACCAAAUCUGUUCUCCACAAUGACGACGUCGACAAUGUCAAUUGUUUAAUCCGGGGUAAAAAAGAACUUAUUUUUAUUAACAAAAAAUACGAAAAAGAGGUAGCCAUUGAUCAUGAAGAAGGCAGCUAUUCUGGUGUGGAUGUGGAUAAGGUUGACUUGAAUAAAUAUCCUGGAUUAGGGAAGGUAGACUAUCAAGUUGCCCGCAUGGAAGCUGGCGAUUGUCUUUUCAUACCGUAUCACUGGUAUCACCAUGUCCGAUCAUACGACAGCAAUAUUGCAGUUAACGUGUGGUUCCAACAUUAUGAGAAACCUAUUGACCUUAGUUCCUGCCCGGCUAAUCCACAGCCCAAAGGUCUAGAUAAUUUUGUUUUCGAAACAGAAGCGAAUGAAAAUACUCAAAGCGAAAGCGGCGACAUAAGUUCUAUGAAAGGAUAUAUCUUAGACACGUUGGGCGAUGUGAAGAAAUCAGAUUUGAAAGGAUUUAUUGAUUUGAUGAAAGAGGAUAACGAAAAUUGGAAAUGGAAAGGAGAUGCAAGUGAUGACGAAAUUAUUACAAAGAUGUUUAAGGAAGUUGAUACAAACAAUGAUGGCGAAAUCAACAUUCAGGAAGCUAAUCAGAUUUCGAAAGCAGUUGAUAAAACUCUAAACGAUUUGGUAGCUUCGAUUUCUGUGCCAAUUUCAGGCCGAGAAGGCGGACCUCCCGAGGACGAUAAUGAAAACGUUGAUUUUGAAUAUGUCGAAGAUGAUAAUGAACAGCGUGACGAAUUGUAGUUGUGUUUUACCUUUGACAAAUUUUACUGUCUGGAAGACACUUUUGCGUGCAGUUCACCGUAGCUAUACGGCUGUCAUUUAAUUUUGGCAAGUAUUUUAUGUUAACUUGCAAUUGUUUAAAGUCUUUAUUUUUCUAGCUCAGAAUUUUAAUUUAUGGACAGUUAGUACGACAUAGAGCAUUAGCUAUUAUGUUGUUUCGCGAUAUAUUUAACUGGUAUUCGUAUAUUUUAU